GUACACUGUAGGUUAGGUAUUCUUGUUGGAAUCAGCGCAAUUUAAACCUCACUGUGACAUAAAGUGAAGCUGAAGAGACCAGUAAUGACCACAAGCAACAUCGGUUCAGUUCUUAAAGAUGUCGUUGUCUAUGUUGAUGUGUGGUCAUCAGACAAAACGGCAAACUAUUCUAAACCAUUCAUUCAGCAGCUGCAAGAACUGGGAGCUACGGUAUCAAAAACAUUCAAUAAACAAGUCACACAUGCCGUCUUCAACAACGGUCACCUGGCUACGUGGAGGAAAGCCAAGAAUAGUGAUGUGAGGCUUGUCUCUGUUCUCUGGGUAGGGAGAUGUUACGAUGACUGUGUUCGUGUGGAUGAAGACUUGUAUCCAGCCUUUAAUGAUGAAAGAAAUCCUAUGUUGAAGAACAAAAGACAUCGUUGCAUGCAGCCAAAAGAUUCUCCAGAGAGGACACCUGAAAACAACAGACGCAUGAGAAAAAAAUUAGAUAAAAUGAUGAAAGACAUAGCUCCAAAACAACCUCUUGUUACAGAUGUGUCACCCAUCAUUAUUGAUGAGGAGAAUGGAAUAGUCUAUAGCCCUGCAUUGAAAAGGUCAGAUUAUAUGGCACAGCGUUUGAAAGACAUGAAAGAGAAACGGGAAAACCUCUCACCCACAGCUGCACAAUUGGUUGAGUCCUGCUCAACCACCGAGUCGAAGCCGUCUCUUGGGAGCACACCAACCGUCCUCAAAUUCAUCUAUGACCAGUCAGGUGAUUCCAGUGCUUCUGAUGCUGUACCUGCUUACUCACCUGAUAAUGAAGAAGGGAGAAGGCAAACUGAUGUAACUGACCAUGACCCUCCUGAACAACGCCACAAGGAAACUUCCAAAAAGCCGUGGCUCUCACCCUGCCAGGAUGUGCCAAAACAGACUUCAAGUCAUGUCAAAUGUCAAGACUUCCAGGACGAAGAAGCGACGAGACCAAAAAAGUCCCGAAGGACCUCAGUCAAAAAAAAUCGGAACUCCGUAGGUUUAUCAGAAAGUCCCUCUAAGGAUAGGAGAUCUGGCAACAGCAAGAACUUUCAGAGAGCAAAUGGUAAAUCGGAGAUGAAACCCUCUAGUCCUUUACCAAACAAAACUGACAAGGGAAAGGGAAAGAUGAAAACGUCUAAAUCCAUCACAGAGACAAAGACACAAUUUGGUUCUGAAGCUGCAAACUCUUCUAGCUGCUUCUCAUCACCAGCCAAAGUAGGUGAUGGUGCCGUUAAACUGUCAAAAGAAACUGCUUCCCCAUUACAGAAAUUACAGAAACAAGUCAGGCCGUCGCUUUCUGCCUUAGUACGACCUUUCACUGUAUCCAGUGACUCUAAAAGUGUUGCCUCAGGCUCCGCUGACGGAGCCGAUAAUGUGUUUGAGGACUAUUUUUCUCCUGCCAACCACCACCCUAGAUUAAAAAGACCUCCUUUGCCUAAUCUGCCCAUGGAGAGAGACAUUCAGAUUCCUUUUCAGUUGAACCCCGUCCCAAAGAAGAGACAAAUAAGAAGUAAACGCAUUGGAUCUCAAACUAAGAGGAAAAAAAAGAGGAUACUAGAAACAAGUCAGGAGUCUGAUGCAAGUAGUACGCCUCAAAGUCAUCCACAACAGGAUGCUAAAGAAUCUGUGCCUGCGUUGGAGAGACCAGAUGCCGAUGUUGCACUCGUGGUCAAAAGGCGAAGACAAAGCACCUUGCCCUUCACGAGCACCAGCACAACGACAAGUCAUGCCGUGAAAUGGAGAACAGCCUCAGUACCACCAACAACGUCAACAGAGGCUGACACAAUGUCGGAGCUGCAGAAAAACUCUGUCAAUAUCAUUUCUCAUACCUUUGAAUCUGGAGGAAAUGUGCAUCCAGUUGCAGCUGGUUUACCAGAAGGCAAAGAAGAAUAUGACAAUAAGCAUCAGAAUAUAUUGAACCAAGCAAAGGCUAUGAGAACAUUGGUCAUGACAAGCAUGCCCACUGAGAAGCAGCAUACGUUGGUUCAGGUGGUGACGGCACUGGGUGGUUUUUCAAUCGUUGACCGAGUUUGUAAGAGCACAACUCAUGUCGUGUCUGGGGGUCACCGGCGGACUCUCAAUAUUCUGUUGGGCAUAGCUCGUGGCUGCUGGAUCCUGUCAUUUGAAUGGAUCCUCUGGUGCUUGGAGCAAAGGCAGUGGAUUCCAGAGGAACCAUAUGAACUUUCAGACCAAUUUCCUGCAGCACAGCAUAAAUUAUAUUUGCAAUGUCCCGUUUGGAUACUCAAAACUAAUAAAGGCUCGUACAACUAAAGCCAAGGAAGUUGGAUGGAAACCUACACAUUUUCAUUGCCAGUCAUCCAUUUUCAGUUGGCUUGUUUUUCCUGAAGCAUCCUGUGUGAACUGUGAAUGUUGCCUCUUCCUGAACUUGUCAUUCAUGAAUCUCUGUCGGCUCCUGUUACCGCGAGGGUAGACGGUGGGUCUAAAGGCAGACGCAUGUCAACACAUUUCCUCUUUAAAUUGCAUAACUUUUUUAUAUGUCCCUGCAGCCGUUUGUCAUUCCUUUGCUCUUACUGCACACGCAUCGGUUGGCCAUGCUUCCUUGUUUUAUCUAGUUUCUGUAGCCUGAGGAGCGCGUUGCUGCCUUCAGUUGCAUUACUUAUAGAAACUACAGUUAAAACAGACAAUUUUCACAGUGAAUUUUUAUUUACAUCUCAGUGUAACUAUCAUUGAUAAAUAAAAACAAAUUAAAUGCUUCUGUUCAAAUAACAAUACAAUUUGUAAAAAUGAAAGGACUAACACCAACAUUGACAUUAGUUCAUUAAAAAUGUUACAAACUAAUGAUCAAGACUAAUUUACAGCUUUAUUAUAUUAAUCUGAUUUAUUGUUGUUCCUUGAUUUUUUUAGGUAUCUAGUUUGCUGAAUUAGGCAAAAGCAAGACAUUCCCAUUGAAUGCUCUUUAACAUUACAUAAACUGCUAUACAGUAUGUUAUCCACAUUGCCCACUAU